AUGGCGUCGAUGGAGCUUUCUAUUACUACCAACAAAAAUCCAGGAGUUGAGGCUGGUCCCUCGUUUUGGGGGUGGCGUACGCUUACGCUUUGCUGCAUGCUGCUUCCGUUUUAAGGCUUGGCUUUGUAGUUCCUGUUAACAAAAACGACUUGAUCUGGAACCUUGACAAAGACGAGGACUCUUACUUUCUUAACAAGCGCGACUUGUUUUCCGUCUCCACUAUAGCCCCGAGCGCUUCUCUCUUUGUAGAGGAGACCACUCCUUUCGGAAGUAUCCUAUUCCUAAGCAACUACGGUAUAGUUUGUACGCAACGUGCACACUCAGCUAAGUAGACUUACUUGAUGUUUCAUCUACAACAUAUAGAUACUUAGAUGCUUCUACUCUAAUUUCACCUGCUCUUUUGUUUGGUUGACAUCGGCACCGGCGGUUCCGUUGUGAGUGGGUCUAUCGACUAUCUCCUCACUGCAGCUUCGAUUGGGGCCUCAGCUAUUAUGGAAUUCGGAAAUAUAGUUAUAGUACUUCUACAACUUUGUUUUUGUGGGCUUUUUUUAGAAUUUUUAUCGGAGCAAGAUUGUGCUCCAUGUCAAUGAAUGCAUGGGCUAGCUACUCUGAAAGUAAAAGGAGAAAUAAUGAGGAGAGUAAUACAAGUCAACACGAGUCUCGAUUAAGUAAGUACUACGUGCACAACACUAACAUUUUGAGCUCUUGUUCUGUAUUGCUUUUAUGUUACUUCAAGUACGACUCCUCUUCUAAGACUAGUAUGUUGACGCGAAGACUUAUGAUACAGAGAGAGUUCUGCAUCAGAACUGUAACAUUGGAGCUCUUAUUCUGAUACAACUAACAACGCUUUAAUACUUACUGCAAGUUGACGAACCCUUCUCCUAUGACAAGACAAAGAGGAUCAUACAACUUUUCAGUAGAUACUCCAACUUCUAAGACCUCAUCUUCUGUGGUACCUGGAGAGACCUUCCUGGAAUCCGACAAGGGCCAGCCUGGUAAUGCCUUGUGCAACCUGAUUGGUUUUUGCGGUACUCCUCCUGAUAAACGCGCGUCGACUGAAUCCACUGGUGGAGGAGUCACGCCGACUGCUGUUUCCGCAACUGGAGCUGGUGGAGGUGGUGGUAGUGGUUCUCAGCUCAUUCCUUCUCCCGUAAUUGGAGGUGGUGGUGAUGGUGCUCCUCCUGCUGCUGCUGCUGCUGUUCGUGUUCCUCGGCAGCCUGCGCCCGCAAUGAUUGAACAAUCUGCUGCUGCUGCUGGCGAGGAGGCUGGUUAUGCAGUGGUCAAUCGUUAGAACUAGAAAUAAUCUUGUUCAUCAUAGUUCCUUUUUCUGGAAAUACACCAUUCAAGACUUCUGAUGUCUGACUUCUCUACGGAUCACACAAUAACCUCUACAAUUCCAACAUGAGGACGAAUAGGCCAAGACCAUUCACAAGAAUCGCAGAAGAUGUAUGACGAAGAUCCCCCUCAAGUUAAACAAACUGAGUCACGCUGUAUUUACUAUCUUGUUGGUCUGACUAGUAGAUAUUGUAAGAAAGUAGUUCGAAAUCGAUUGUAUAUGAAAAUGGGUUAUGUCUCUACCGGUCUCUGCCUGAUCCACAGUAGCAGUAUGUUGAUAGUAUCAUACCACCUAAAAAAUUUACAUGCAAAUGAAGUUUAAUACAGCUCGCCCUCUUGGCCACAUCAAUAAGUCAAAGAGUGGCCAAUCCCUCAAGAAGCAAUCACCCAUACGUACCAAAUCAAUUCCCGCAAUACUUAUCAUUCGUCUUAGGCCAAGCUCUUCUAACAGCAUACGGCUACGGGGGUAGCUACGUCUGGCUCUCCGUUGAGACCCGCAAACGACCUCCCGUUCCCGACACCCGCAGAAUUCGAGGCGGAGCAGACACGUUCGCAAGCGCAGCAGCAGCAGCAGCAGCAGCAGCAGAGUGACUUAGAGGCGCAGAGGCUUGCCGACUAUGAACGAAGACGGUACCAAAAGGCCCUUUUCGCGGUCUGCCUAAGCCUUCGAGUUUCCUGCCUAAAUUUUAAAUUUAUCCAGAUUUUGCCUUUGUUUAGGCAGCUUUAGCAGUGUGCCGCAGCGGCGGAGUCGGUUGCCUAAAACUUCACCGGGCCACUGCUUAGCGGCUCACUUUAGCCACCGGAACCACCCGGUGGCCCCGGGGUGGUGGACUAAAUUCGGGCCGUUUCGCUGCCUAAGCUUUGGCUUCUGCUGCCUAAACUUUGGAUCUUUCUGCGUAAAUUCUGGAUUUUUGUGCCCAAAGUUUGGGCUUUUCUGCUUAAGUUUAAGACUUAGGCAGAAAAGCCGAAGGUGUAGGCAGGCCCUCCCGGGGACCCUUUUGGCUGGGCUUCGUGCAUAGUGUUGAAGCGGCAGGAGCCCAGCAUCGGGCCCUAGGACGACUACCAGGACAGCCAGCACGAGCAGCCUCCAGUUUCCUUGAAGCAGCAGUCCUCGACGCAGUGUCUGUCUAAAGAGGACGAGGACUACUAGUACGACCUGGGGAGGCAGGUCGUAAUAAGACCUGGGGGAGGCAGGUCAUGACAUGAGCACUUUGGGAAGCUGGUCGUGGGUUGUAGAAUGGGAGAUAAUAGAGAUGGCCAUGGGCGUAGAGCUAAUCACUAUCACGGGGGUUUCUUUCCUUUGGUUUUUGCAAGACUAUGGGUCUUGGAGAGUUGUCAAAGGAAGGGGGGGUUGUCAUAGAAGGAAAUAAUCAGUAAAUCAACUCUACUUCUGUUUCCUCUGGUUGUAUUAGAAAUACGUGCAAAGUCAUCUGAUGCAGAAAGCUGCCUUUCUGAUGAUGUCUCUAAGACUUUGGUUCAGAACUCAGAUUGAUAUCUCGACUCAUUAUUUAUCGACUGGGUGCCCUUGUCGACGUGGGUGCACAUCUGAUCUUAUGGGGCAUGAUUCGUAUUAAAGUUUUAGCACUGUUUCUCUCGCUUCAACAGCUUGUUAGGGAGAGUCGUAUUCCGAAGGAAGUAGGACCUUCCGCCUCCGCCAUGAUGGGCAUCAAGACCAUUUACUCAAAGUAAGAAAGUAACCAACUACACAAAUACUAAGGAGAGAGAAGUGUCUGAGGAUCCGGAUUGUUACGAACAAGAUAGUGCAAUAGUACUAGUACAUUCAUCUCCCCUAAUUGUGGGUCUCAGAAGGAGGUGAAGAAGCUGCGACUUAAUAAAUAGCCCAACCAUUUAAUAUUUAAUAUUCAAUUUCAAACACUCGUCAAGAACUCAAGAACAACACCAGAUAUAUAAGAUUGCGAAAUGUUUUCAGUGACUUUCUCAACAUUCAGAUACACGCAGUCCAAUGGUUUUCAAAAUCAAAAGCAAGCUAUCACUCAGUAAGAAAAGUUUUCAUUUGCAACAAAAAGCAUUACAACAGUUUUACGCGUACUUGAACAGUAUUAAACAAAGAGCAUCAAUCUGCUCAUCGAUUGCAAAAAAGGUUUGACAAGGAUUACCGUUCCCGCUUAAAAUUUUGAUGAAGAAAUACGAAAAAUUCGAUUAUUGUUGAGCUGACCACAUGCACAUAUAAUGGGC